UAUGCCUUUUAAAACUUAUGACAAAAUGUUGAUGAAGUUUACGUGGUGUGUUACUGUUUUUUGUAUUUUUUGUGUUGGUUAUAGUGGAGUUAGUGGUAAUGACUACGAAAAUAAUCAUAUUGGAAGAGGAUUGGAUGCCAGAAAUCUCUUAACCUCUAUAGCAAGUAACUUAAUGUCAAGAGGGUUUGGUACCACUGGAAGUGGUUCUCAAGUCGUCUCACUCAAUUUAACAAACCUACUAAUUUUGAUACUUUUGAAAGCGAUCAUAUUUGGUGCUGCUUCGCUAGGAUCAGGCCAUCUCAAAGGAGGAUAUGGUAGAAGCGCUGAUGGCGAGGAGAAAUUCAUUACCGACGAAGAAGUUUUAAUGUUUCUAAGUUAUUUAACAGGAUCACCAGGUGAUAAUGGCUGUCUUCAAAGCAUAGCCUGUCAGCAACCUUACCAAGCCAAGAAGUAUGUCAACGCAGGAGACGUUCUUCUGAAAACUGCCAAGAUGUUUUCCAUGAACACAGAUGACAAUUACGACUACGUUUUGAAAGAAGUAGAGCAGGCUUCAAACGUAGGCUUGGCUGGAGGGAACUGCCAAACCUACAGAUGUAGCACAACUGGGAAUAGAUAAAAUAGGUCUACAUUGACUGCAUCUAUAAGUACAGUAUGAUCAAAUAGUUUAUGGUCAAGUAGGCUUUAAAAGAUGUCCAAAGGGCAUAAACUUGUUUACUGUCAACGUCCAAAUUAAUAUAUCUUGAUGAUAAACAUUUAUAUGACCAUAGGGUAUAUGCUUUGGAAGAGAGGUAUUGCAAUUACAAUACGGUCGAAAAAAAAAUGGCAUCAGUGAUGGCUUGGAAAUG